UGAACCCUACGUCAUCAACAAGGCUUUGCUGACGGAUAGGCCUACGGUGUUUUUGUCGGCGCUGAAUUGCGUGACAAUUAGGGCGAGUGACAGUAUCAGUUUUCAUUUGGCAGUUAGCUGUAGAGCAUCUUGUUGUUCUCUUCGGUACACUUUCCGAGUUUUAUUGGGUUCUUUUAUCUAUUGCUUGUAUUUGAUUCGACGCGUUUGUGACAAGCACAUAGAAAUCUAGAUCUACACUUGGCUUGGAUCUCUCUAACUGUUGGAAUCUCUGCGUUUUGGGAGACGCCCGCGGUAUCUCUCGUUUACGAGAAAAAACAUACUGUGCCAGAAUGCCUAUGGAGGAAACUUUCGUUAAUCGUUUGGGAGAAAUUCCAGUCCUCAAUGAUAGUUGGACUACAGCAUGGGGAUGCUAUGCUCGCAUCAAAGACAUGAAUCGUGUCACCAAGUUCACGCUGGAGACUGCAGAGUCCAGUGUGAAGACGGCUGCAAAGAUGUCUGCUCCAGUGGUGACUCGUUGUCAGCCCCAGAUUGAAACUCUCAACUCAUUUGCUUGUACCAAACUGGAUGAGCUUGAAAAUAAAUAUCCUAGCAUAAUGCUUCCAUCUGAAGAGGUGAAAGAUGCUUGUCUGGAAUAUGUACAACCAGUGCUUGGUUGUGUGAAGCCAGUAGUGAGCUGUGUUCAAGGUGUGGUGGAUGACAGCAAGAGAAAAGUAAACUACAUCACGUCUCAAGGCACCCGACUUGUUGUGGGAGCUCGUGACCUUGGUGUGGGCACCGUGACAGGGGCUGUGAAUAUGACCCUGGCCUCGCCCCCAGGGCGCCUGGCAACCCGCACUUUCGAUGGCGCACUGACCAUUGCAGAUGGACUGGUGGACAAAUAUAUUCCUGAAAUUAUUGAGGCUGAGCAGGAAAUUGAUGAUGAUGACGACAGUGAUGAGAGCAGUGAAGAUGCACAAGACAAUGGGUCAGAGAACGAAGUACAAGAGAUGGAAGUAAUGGAGCCCUCACCAGAAAGAGUUCAGGUACAUUUCAGAACUGUCAGUAAGAAGCUCCGUCGCCGUCUCUUCCAGCGGGCCAUGAGAGACUACCAAGGUGCUAAAGCUCGUACUGCUGAAGCAGUGGGGAAACUUCAUGGAGUUGUUGAUUUGAUUGAUUAUGCCAAGAGCAACUUGGGAAAUGCAAAAGUCAAGGCUGAAGAAAUGUGGGAAAAAGUGACUGCGGAUGGAGACAACGGAGGAGACAAUGCUCAAAAUGGAACACUGUUUGCAGGGACUCUGGAGGAGAGGAUUGUUGUACUUGGGCGUAUGUUGACUCAACAAGUUAGGUCUGGCUUUCAUACUCUUGAGAGAGUCUCCCAUUCUGCUGGUCAGUUUGCUAGGCAUCCUAUUGCAAAGUCACAAGAAUACAAAGAACUUGUCGCUCAGUUUGCUACGCUUCAGUCCCUUCAGAAUGCUUCAAAUGCUGGGGUGGAAAAGAUCAGGUCCAAUGUGAGGUACAUUCAGGUCAGGCUGCAACAACUUAUUGACAGUGUGGAGUCUCCAGAGUGGCUGGCCGUCAACAUUGAGAUGGAAGAGCUUGAAAUUGAUGAAAGUGACAUCCUAGACCCAGCAAGACGGGAGCUUCAGGAAGACGGUGUUGGGGAAGAGCCUGUUCAAGUUGAGGAGCCCGCCCAAGUAGAAGAGCUCGCCCAAGUAGAAGAGGCUGCCCAAGAGGAAGGGGUCGACCAAGCGGAGUUGGACCAAGGGGAAGAGUCUGAAAUUUCUCGACAUGAGAAUCCAGCGUAAUACAAAGCUUGCACAAUUCAUUGAUUCAAAGUACUGCGUAUAUAUUUUUUCAAAUCCUUGUAAUAUUGAUAUUACUUCCACUAAUUAUGGGAUGUCAUUUCUCCUAUUUGCAAACUGAUCUAAAUGCCAGUUCUGAUUCUCAACAUUUAAUAUGAGUACACUGUACUAGAAUUAUAAAUGAUAUGAUGUGAUGUUCUCUUUCAUGGUUUGUUGGAUGAUUCUUUAAAUGGGAAUUUAACGAUUACCCCCUUCAUCAAGUUGAUAACACGUCUUUUGGAAAGUAUGACAUGCUUUUCUGUAAAUCUCUGACAUGUUCUAAUUUCUUGGAAAAUUAAAAGUAGUCUGCUACCAGCUUUGCACUUUUACAUCUUGAGCAAUCCAUUAUAUUGUGUUGUAAUAAUGUCUUCUUAUAUAAUUUAUUAUUAGUGUUUAUAGUUUUAGUUUUAGUUUAUGUUUAACUAGUGACAAUUUUUGUAAGACUUGCUCACUAUUUAUUGUGAGGCUUUUUUUGGUAUCAUCUCUGUUGUAGGCCUUAAUUUGAAAGUUUAACUUAAGUUUAAAAUGUGUUUGACCGAUAACUAGGACAAAGAUGUCACCAAUUUUACUUUUACGAAGGAGCUUACAGUCAGCAUCAUACUUUGGUUAAUUUGCUUUGAUUCUUCCUUUGAAUUGAAAGCAGCAGCAUUUUUGCAUAUUUUACAAACAUUUUUUCCUAAAUAUUAACAGUAAUACAGUAAACAAAUGCUGUUAUUGAUUAGAGGUGGAUUUGUAAUAGGAAUAAUUUUUCCUGUUGAUGUACAUUCUGAAGUUAUAAUGUAUACCAUGUUUAAAUUUGGUAAAAGCAGUAGACAUAAUGAUUUCUUUGGUCCAAUCUCUAUGUCUUGGAGAUUGUUUGAAAUUAGAAAGAUUGCAAUUCAAGAAAGUUUUAAGAAAACUUCAAAUGAGAUGAAAUUGUCACCAGUACCGUACAUAUUGGUCGUUCUCAAUUGGAUAGUCUUGUGGAAGCACAAAGUCCAAAGAAAAACUCAUAAUUUGACAACUUUGUUUUGGCAAAUCUGGCCCCCCGAAAUAUAUUAUAUUCCAUGUUUUGAAUUAGUGGUCUUUGAAUAAACUGAUUACGCUUUUCA